UGUAAGCAGUAUUUUGGUGAACAAAUAUGGCAGUAGGCCAAUCAUGAUUGCUGGAGGGAUUCUGGCUUCAUUUGGAAUGAUUGCCUCUUCGUUCUGCAAUAGUGUCUUGCAACUUUACAUAUGUGUUGGUGUAAUUGGAGGUUUGGGUUUGGCUUUCAACUUGCAACCUGCCUUGACGAUGAUUGGCAAAUAUUUUUAUAAAAAGCGUCCCAUUGCUAAUGGACUGGCCAUGGCGGGAAGUCCUGUCUUUCUAAGUACUCUGGCACCCCUGAAUCAGUUUCUUUUUAAUGCUUUUGGUUGGAAAGGAAGUUUCCUCAUUCUGGGAGGACUUCUUUUAAAUUGCUGCGUGGCUGGGUCACUUAUGAGGCCUGUUGGACCAAAACCUGUGCAGGUUAUCAAAAAAGAUGUGGAAAAAGCAACUGAAGAUUCCACUUUGCACAAGAAUGACAAGAAAUCAGUCUGGCAAACCAUCAACAAAUACUUAGAUUUAACCCUCUUCAAACACAGAGGCUUCUUGAUUUAUUUGUCUGGAAAUGUUAUCAUGUUUCUUGGCUUCUUUGCCCCAAUUGUGUUCUUAGCUCCUUAUGCCAAGCAUAAAGGAAUUGAUGAAUAUUCAGCAGCUUUUUUACUCUCUAUCCUAGCUUUUGUAGAUAUGUUUGCCAGGCCAUCAAUGGGCUUAAUUGCAAACUCGAAAUACAUCCGGCCCAAAAUCCAGUACUUCUUUAGUUUUGCUGUUUUGUACAAUGGGGUCUGCCACAUCCUCUGCCCAUUGGCUGAAACCUAUACAGGCCUGGUUGUGUAUGCCGUACUUUUUGGACUUGCAUUUGGAAUGGUUAGCAGUGUCCUUUUUGAGACAUUGAUGGAUCUUGUUGGUGCACCAAGAUUCUCCAGUGCAGUAGGACUCGUCACAAUUGUGGAGUGCUGCCCUGUCCUUUUAGGCCCACCUAUGGGAGGUUUGCUUGUGGACAUAACCAAAGACUACAAAUAUAUGUAUUUUGUCUGUGGUAUAAUUGUUGUUGUUUCAAGCAUUUGGCUGUUCAUUGGAAAUGCAAUCAAUUAUAGACUUUUGGCAAAAGAGAAGAAAUUAGAAGAUGAAAGGCAGAAUGCCAUAAAGAAUGCCGAUUCCAAGGAAGUGGAGCCUUUGACCCAAAAAGAGAGUGAAGAAGUUCUCAACAGAUCCGGCAAAAUGCAAGACAGUCCUUCAGAAAGAGAAACAAAUAUUUAACAUAAAUAUACAUAUUUAUAAUGUUUAAAGUACAUGCCAGAUGUUUUGUAGUUAUUAUAAUCAAUUACAAUACUAAAUGGCAAUAGGCAUUUACAAAACCACAUGUAUUAUAAAACACAGUAUCACUGUUCUGUUCCUUCUAAAAAGAGAGAAGGGUACAGAAAGAGUCUUCCCAGAACUGCAUUAAAACGUUUUCCUCUUCCACCACACUGCCCUGGUAACAAUUGACUUAUUAUGUUAAAAUGUCUAGCUAUUCAUAGCUAGAUUAAACUUUUCUGUAUCUUGCCUUCAAGCAACCUGUACCUGUCCAGGAGUGCACAGUAAUUGCAACAAGGGAACAAUCUAUAGUGUUGUAUGAGAAAGGAGGAUUAUGCUGGAGUGUUUCAAAAAUCCAUUGUUUGUUCUGCUCUACAUUAAUUGGAGCAGGAUUUGGUAUAAAAUGGUAUUUUGUAUUGGUGUCAUGCAUUCUAGGGCUCCUGCAAAAUUUGAUACGAGUUGCUUAAACAUAAAUCCCAAACAGGGUAGUGUCAUGACAGUCAGGUCUUCCACUAACAAACCUUCUUGCUCCAACAAUGCCUCACCGAAAAAGUGCUACAAUAGUAAAGGAAAGAAAUGACUGAAUUGACCUAUGUCUACUGAUCUUUUCACAAUUUUAUUUUGUGUAGGAGGGGUUGUUUUAUUUGUUGCAUUUUUAUUGUCCACUAGAAGGAAAAAGUGAUGCAUUCAAACAUGAAAGUAAAAAUGGAAUAGCUACUUGAGUAAAAAGCGCACAAAAAUGUAUCACCACUGUUUUUAUAAUGCAUUUUUGGUAGAUCCAACUGGGUCAGCUAUCUCUGAACAAACUUUUACUAUGUGGCUUUUAAAGACAUGAAAAUGGUAAGUUUUAUUGCUAAAUACAAUAAUGUUUUCAUUUUAGCGAAUAAAUACAGUUUUUUUCCUCUCUGCUGUAAAAUCAUUAGAAAUUUAAAUAUAUACAACCAGAUAUUAAAUAAUAUCUGAAAUAAUACUUAGGAUGCAUUGUCUCAUCAUUGUAUAUUGUAGCUAGAUAUGCUGGCACAAAUGCAUAUCAGGGUAUAACUUUUGUGUUCAUCACUUACCUCUGUUUGUAUUCACACUUCUUGAAACAAGCUCCCUUACCUUAUUAAAUAUUCUGCCCUUGGUGAUCACUAUUUUUUUCAAGAUGUGGGUGUAAAUCAUUGCCGCACACACACUGCUACUUGUUAAUAAUGUUACUCUCAACAUGGAUUCAGAGCUUUCCUGUUGUAGACCAUGAAGUGUGAAAUGUUUAUAGGGAUAUCAGGGACCAUAAAAAAUAAUCAGGAGGGAGACUGUAUCAGAUUUGUGGAUUACCAACUGACCAUCUUUACAAUUUUUCCCCAUCUUUAGAAGCAAAAAAAUAAAUAAAUCUGACUCUAAAGAUCAUAAAGCAGUAGAACUUUAUUUUUUCUUUUCCUUUUCCUUUGAGCAUGAUUAUCUAAAUAAUUGUUCUAAUCAGUAACAUCUGGUUCCAGACUAGUCUACUCUGGAACAGUGGUCCUGCCUAGACUGAAUUUUGGUAUAAAGACUCCAAAGUUCUCCUAUCUGAAAAUUAAAAUUAGUUGAUCAGUACCUAGAUCUAAUAAGUUCCUCAUAUUUGAACAUCAUUAGGCAGACCUUCUCCCUUUAAAAUUUCUUUCAUUUUUAACAAGGCACCAAGAGAGAGUAGGGGAUUAUGGAUCCCAUGAUCAUGGACCAUGAAUGAUUACUACCUCAAGCAAAGAGGUGAGAUGGAGCUGGUCUUUCUCAAUUGGCCAAUAUUCAUCUCAAGCAAUGGCUUCUGUACAUUUCUUGUAAUUGUGCUGAACUAAAGUUACAAAAUAAAGCAUUCAUCCCACUAUAAUAUAUUAAUUAGAAAUAGAACCCUUUGAUUACCUACCCUUGUUAAGAUCUUAAUCUAAACAAAUAGCUUUCAAAAAUCUGCAGUCUAAAUUGACAUUGAGUUUCAUCCUCUUGCAAUCAUGAUAUAGAACAAGAUAACCAAUUUUGCACAUUAAGUGGUGAAAUGCACAUGCAGUCCACUGUUGAUUAUCUUAUGUUUUCCCCCAUGAAACAUAGUUUUAAAACGAUUUCAGACAUUCAACUAUCACUGAUGUUCACUUCUUGCUACACUAUGACUAUACUUUGCUCAGAAAGCAGAACUGUAACUCAGCUAUUUAUAAUCAAACUUAGUUGUGAAGACCAAGCUUAUUGUAAUGGUUAAGGCAUCAGGCUAAAAACAGGGAGACAGUUUGCUCUUGUCUCACCUUAGGCAUAAAGCUAGCAGGGUGAUCUUCAGUCAAACCCUCUCAGCCCUAGGAAUGCCAAAUUUCUUCUAAAAUCUUGCCAAGGAAAGUGACUGAAGGAAUGCAUGGGUAUGUGCAGUGCACACGCACGCACACACAAACAUACACAUAGCUAUAAGAAUUUAUCUCUAAAUAAGCCACGAUAUGCUGUUGCUUAAUAGUUGACAUCUAGAAUGCGAGCUGCUUAAUUCAAACACAAUAAAGCAAUACCCUGCUUUUCAAACUUUUAAUUUUAGGUUUCUAACCAGACCAGAAACAAAGCAAGCAGGAACUAAAUGUUGGUUCAUAAAGAAGUAUUCAUGUUAUCAUCCCAGAUCACUAAUCUAAUAUGAAUUUGGAAGAUAAUUUUUUUUCUCCUAUAGUGUAAUUCUUCCUUCCAUUCUACUCAACUAUUCAUAUACCUGCUAUAAUUCACUAUACAAUGAAUUCCUACAAGAUAAGUCUUCUACAAUUAAUUUGGACAGUUCUCUCCACUAAAACUGCAUUUGCAAUGAGAUGUUAACUUGAUCUCUGUUCAGGAAUUAAUGUCAGACCACUUUGUUUUAUGUCAUUAUAAUUUAAUACGGUCCUCUAAAAACAACUCAGAUGUUAACUCACAGCUGCACCAUAGUUGCCUUUAGUUCAGAUUUUUAAUGUGUCACUAUAUAGCAUCCAAAUUUCAUCCCACACAAAUCUUGUUGGAUUUAGCAGCAAGUCUGAAGGGAUAUUCUAUUUCUAUUCACUUCAGGGUAAGUAGAACAUAUUAUGUCAUCCACAACUUUGUUUUUCAAGAUUUUUGAUAGCAGAAGAGUAUUACUUCUGCUUGAAUAUUGAAUAUUACUUAUAUUCAAGGAAAUGCCAGAGAAGCACUUCCAGGCUUCCUCGCUCAUGCCCAAUGGCCAAGAGCAGGAUUUGUCAGGAUAAUUAGAUGAAAUUUCUUGUACUCAUCUGAAUAGGGCUCAUACUGCUGUAGAGCUUGUGUAAGGGUUUUCUGAAGGGUAUACAAUUGUGAGGAAUAAUGAGAUCUAUAUUUAAGUGUCAGCAGCUGGAGCCAGGAUGAAGAAAUAGAAGGUGUGUAUGGGGGUGGGGGUGGAUUUAAAUUUGAUUAUAUUCAAUUUCAAUCUAAUUAUAAUUAAUUAAAUGCAUGUGGGAAUGCAUGCAUUUAGUAUUUUCCUCCUGUCAUAAUAAAACAUGCAAUUCAUUUCCAACUUUUGAAGAUUUCUGUGGGCCAUACUCAAAGCUUUAGGAGGCUUUUACACAUGCAUGCUUCCUUAUUUUUACAUAAUGGUAAUUAUAUAUUUUCAUGCUAUACAAAGCAAUUGUUCAUUGUUAAGUGCAUAUGGUAUAUAGGAUGUACAAUGUUGCCCAUAUAAGUGUAUGAAAUUACUGAGGAAUGGUGACAUCCCUGUCCCCUGUGUCAUGUUCGUCUACCUAGAUUGCAUAAAGAUGAAUAAAGAAAGAAAUAUUAAAAUUGUAUGUAGAUUCCAUGUAAUUUCCAUGUGAUUAGAACAGAUAGUUCUGUAGGCAGACUUUUAAGUUAAAAAUGACAUGAAAGGCUCUGUUUACAUGAAGAUAACUUAAAAAUAGACAGUCUUUUUUAUUAGGCUUAGAAAUCUCUGAGGGUAUAAGCAGUGAUGGGAUUCAAAAAAAAUUACUACCGGUUCUGUUAGCAUGGAUUGGUGGGCAU